AUGUUCAGUCUCAUCCUACGAAUCCUCUCACUUCCUCUCAUCCCAUUCAGAAGAUAUUUACCUCCCUCUCCACCAUCCCCACUGCCUCAACCCAGAAAUCCUCCAAAGGAUAACAACAAUCCCUCUCUCUCUUCCUCUCCGAGUCCUACUCCUGCUCCGCUAGUCAAAUCCACCGUCAUGUACGUCUAUCUCGGAAAGCUCGACUGGAAGCCGUACGGCCAGGACGAGACCUUUGUCAUCACCCUGCCCAACGGUCCCGCCCGCGCCGGUGACCCUGCCUACCUCUUCUCGCAGUGGACCAAGGACGCUCGCGGCGCACAGAAGGCCAACUGGUUCCUCAACCUCGUCGUCGACAAGGUCUCCAAGACGGCCAGCGGCGACGAUGUCUUCACGCUCAAGAACUCGCACUACUACUCCUGGGAGAUCACCACCCAGAAGGUCUAUGGCGAGCUCAAGGUCACCAUGUCGAACCCCAAUAAGGAAAAGAGCACCAUGACUUUCAACCGUAUCUGGAAGUCCGAGUCUCAGACCCCCUCCGGCUCGCUUCGCAUCUGGACCGGCAAGAUCAACUGGCCCAACUAUGCUACCAACGAGAUGGCUACCUUCAUCGUUCCCGAGGGCUUCGGCAAGGAUAAGCCUGUUUUGGCUGUCUGGCAGUGGACCAAGAAUGGUGAAGGAAAGCCAAAGAACCCCAACGUCCACGUCGCCAAGCAGUCUAUCCUUUCUAGCCCCGACAAGACUGUCAAGUUCGAGUACAACUCCUUCUAUCAUGUGACCUGCACCUGGCAGCAGAGCACCGAGAGACUUGCUGUCCACAUGAAGGGAAGUGGCAUCGAGAGCAAUGUCAGCCAAGAGAUUGGUGAUUUCGCUCUUGCUGUCCACCUGGAUCGUCACUCUCACCCCCCUGAGUCCGCCCCUAACAAGGCUGAGGUCGAGCUCCGACUUCCUCAGGCCCAACCAUCGUUGUCUCGCAUUCAGGCGCCGAUGCCAUUCCCCAAAGGACUGGUUGACACCUUGACUCACGCCCAGGCUUUCAUCGACCAAGCUGGCUACCUUGCGAAGUAUGCUGAGCAGCGCUUCGCUGCCCUCGAUACCGACCUCCACGCCCGCGAUCACCAGCUCACGGCCGCCGAGACCCAGGUCCGCGAGCUCUUGAGGAGCAGAGAUAUCCUGCUCCAGAGAGAGAGAGAACAGCAGGAAGAGGCUGCUCUCCUCAAGAAACUGCUCCAGAAGGAACAAGUGACAGUUCACGACCUCGAAAAGGAGAUUGCUAAGCUUCGUAAGAAGAUUAGGGAUGGAGACAAGCAUGAUGAGGAUGACCACCGAGUGAUGGAGGAGCUGCGGGAUGCGAGAAUCCAACUCAAGAGACAGCUGGACCAGGCCGAGGCCUCCUACGAUAAGGCAAAGGCUCGUAUUCAAGGGCUUACCGAGGAGAUCCAAAAGUUGGAGGCCAAGAUCUUCCUUCUCCAGUCUGAACUCGAUGUUCUUCGGAAGCGCAACGAAGCACUCACCACAGACAAGAAGGCGCUUACUCAGGCGAAUGAGAAGCUUGUAUCUGACGCGAAGGCCCUGCAAGACAAGGUUCAGGAGCUGACAAACGCGGAUGAGGAAGCAAAAUCCAACAUCGCAAGGUUGAAGAAGGAAGUUCUCGACACAGAGGACGAGAAGCAAGCGGCUUUGGAUAAGGGCAUUGAAAAGGAUAGACUUCUCCUUGCUGCGCAGGAGGAGAAUCGUCGCAUCGAGAGGUUGCGUACCACUGAGCGCAAGGAGCUUCUCCAAGCCGAAGGGUUCAGGAACCACUACUGGGACAUCUUGAACAAGCAGAAGCUUACCCACCUGAUCACGAUGAAGAAGGAGACGCCACCUCAGGUUGCCCAGAAAAAGGGAUGUCCAGGAAUAGGAUUGUCCAGGAAUAAGACUGUCCAGGAAUAG